UUUAUAUCUAAUGAUUUGGUAAUAUUAGAAUUAUUGCUAUUUUAUAAUGUAUUAGUUCUAUUUUAAAACUUUGUUAUUUUUGUUGCUUUUCACUAUAUACGCUACACCAUUCAAAUUGUAAAUUAAAAAAAUGUGAAAUUUUUGUUUUUAGAAUAAAAUUUAUCAUAAUGUCAUGGUUCGCGGACCUUGCCGGUAGGGCGGAGAACCUGCUCACAAACCUAGAUGAGCAAACCGGCGCGGCUCUACGCAACCAUAACGUGGUGAAGUCCAAAAAACAUGAGAAACAAGACUAUUCCCUCAUCCCAGAGCCGCCUUGGGCGCAGAAAAAACGUCCAACAACACGAAAUAUAAAGAAAGUCUCAACUGCAACCGAAACGAAAUCGAACAACUUAGUUCCUACCAGAAAACUUUCUCCUCUUUCAAAUGUAUCUCGUCAGUCGAGGUCGCCAGCCAAAGACAGUGUAGAAUAUAUCAGCAGACCAUCAAGGAAGAAAUCACCAGUUCGAAAAAAUAUUACUCAGUACAGCAUUGAGCAUUGUCCGAAUACUCUUGUAGGUGAUUUAAGGGACAGUGAAGUUGAAGAUCAGUUUUGUUUAAAAGAGCGACGAUACAGUUUACCAGCAGAUUUAGAGUUGAUAAGCAACCAUGAGACUACUUAUAAAAUACAAAAUUUGGAAAUUGAAAAUGCAAUGUUGAAAAAUGAACUUAAUGUUAUGAACCGAGAAGUUUCAGAGUUGCUUGACCGUCUGAGGAAGACAGAGGAUGAACUAAGCAACAAACAGACAAAAUUGGAUUGUGCUGAUCUUCAAAAUAAGAAAUUAAAUUUAGAUUUAGAGUCUCAAAACUCACAACUUGUGCAGUUGAAACACAAAAUUUAUGAAAUAAACAAUAAUGAAGUUCUGAAACAAAAGGAGAGGAGUGACAUGUUGGAGAUGGAAAUUGGUAUAUUGAGAGAUAGAAAUGAAGAGUUAGAAGAGAAAUUGAAACAACUGACCGAACAAAUAAGUGAGAAAAGUUCUUUUCAAAUUAAAUUAGAAAAUGACUUACGACAUGCACAAUCCACUAUUGUUGACCUUCAAGCCAAUUUAGAAAAGUCUAAUGAGGAAUGUCGUCGGUUAGAAAAAGACUGGGAGGCAUACAAGCUGAGGGUAAAAGGGAUGUUGUUUGCCAAAGACAAUGAGAUUAAAGCAUUACAAGAUGGCGUCACUGUGGCAGAGGAUACCAAGACUUUGACAGAUCAGUUGGAACAGCUGAAAGAAGAACGUGAUUUUCUAUCUGAAGCAAUAUCCAGGGUCAAAAACGAAUGUGAUGAUAUGAAACAACAGAUCGAACAGAUGGAAUCUAGACAUGCGACCGCGGAGAGAGUGGUGACCGCCCUAAGAGAGGCGCUGAGGGACGAGAGAGCGGCCAACAAUAAGACGGAAGCGCAGUACCUUGAAUUGGGGAAGGAGAUGAAAACAUUACAAAUUGAAACUGGCCAAACGAUUGCCAGUCUCCGUUCAGCUUUACGAGAGAAAGAGAACGAGCUGAGUCAGCUUCGUAACUCGACCUCGUCGGUUCGUGUGUCUGACACUAGCGCUCUGAAUGUAGCAGACUAUGACGUCACACAACAGUCCGUAGACGAGGAUAGAGUGCAUUACUUGACGGAAGCUCUGGUGCAGAAACAGAACAAGAUCGACACAUUGUUAGCUGAUAAUAAUAUGCUCAAGAUACAGCUGGAAAAGUUGGAGGUAAUUGUUUUGCAUAUCUAAUAAUUUGCCUGAGGAUGUGGUCGAAACGUAUUUUCUUUACAAUUUAUGACAGGUGACAUUGAAAUUCUGACGAUUCGGAGCGUAAAUGCGUGCGGUAGUUCAUAUGUUCUCAUACAAAUAAUUCUAAAAUUCUUCAAACAAAAUAAUUUAAAAAUUUUUUCGCUAGCUUCGCGCUUUCUUUUUUGAUCGGUGUGUGCUUUCAAGAAGCUUAUUUUUUUAUAAAUAAUGAGAAAAUUUUAUCUGAAAAUAUUUAUUAUUUGCCUAUUUGUUAAUAAUAUUAUUCAUUAAAAAUAUUAUUUUUUAUUAAAAAUAAAUUUAUUUAUGCUUUUAAAAUAACAAAUUAUACAUUUCGUAAAAUGUGUGCUCGCAAUUUUCAGUUUGAAAAAAAAAGAAAAAUUUGUAAUAUUAUAAAACUAACGGUUUUUUAUAGAUUCUUUUGUCUCCUUCACUUUUAUUGAUUAUUUUUACAAUAAAAUA